AUGGCGACCCUCGCGGCCGCGCCGGGCGCGCGAGGGCUCGCGCCGCGAUCCUCCGCGAAGAGACGACGACGAGCGCCGGUCGUCCGGGCGCGCGCGACGACGACGACGACGACGGCGACGGACGACGACGACGACGACCGCGGGGCGGAAUCGGACGGCCCCGUCGUCGCGGUCUACUGGGAUCUCGACAACCUCCGCCCGCCGUCGGAUCCGGCGUCCGCAGCGACGAUGGCGCGCAGGCUGCGAGACGCCGCGAGCGCGCUCGGCGGCGGCGCGCUUCGCGGCGACCCCGCGAGGGCGUCCGCGUCGCGCGUGCGCGUGUUCGAGGCGUUCGGGAACGACGUCACGCUCGAUGCCUGUCGUCGCGACGCGACGACCGACGCGCUCGCGUCCGUCGGCGUGUCCGUCGUCCGAGCGCGCGGCGACGGGCCGGACGCCGCGGACAUGGCGAUGGCCGCGCACGUCCUCGCGUUCGCGCGCGCGACGGCCGCGCGCGGCGAGGGCGAAGGCGAAGGCGAAGGCGAAGACGGCGUCGACGCGCCGAGCGAGGACGAGCUCCGGCGAGUCGUCAUCACGCCCAGGGCUGAAGAAGAAGAGCGCUAUCUGUCAGACGACGACGCCGAAGCCGACGCGCGCGUCGCGGACCUCUCGCGGCGUCUCCGCGACGUCUACGACGCCGCGGCCGCGACGUACGACGGCAUGCGUCUCGACCGCGAGCGUGGCGUCGAUCGCGUCGUGAUGCUCGCGACGUCGGACAACGACCUCGUCCCCGUCGCCGCCGCGGCCAAGGCGCUCGGCGCGACCGUCGUCUUCUGCGGCGACUUCGCGCCCGUCGGCCUGAACCGUAAGAGCGCGAAGCGCGCGUCGUCGCGGACGAAGCGCGUCCGGAGACGCCGCGCGGACGACGCCCGCGAGGGAGGCGUGGGGGUCACGAGGGCGUACUGGGACGCGCUUCAGGCGGCGACGAGCGCGCGACCGGUAUCGCGGUUGAAGCUGGUGAGGGAGGUCGCCGACGCCGCGUUCGUGUGGGAUAACACGCGACCGUUCUACUGCGACGAGGGCGGCGGCGGCGGCGGCGCGACGCAGGUGAGGGGCGGCGUCGUCGGGGUGUGGCGCAAGCGCGGACGCGGGAACGGCGUCGGGAGGUGGCCGAGCUUGGAGCCGGUCGUCCCCGCGGAGUAG